AUGCCAGCCCAGUAUCUUGUUACUUCUCAAUUCAUGGUCCUGUCCAACAUUACUCACUUUAGUCCCAUGUUCUACCUCAGUAGCUUUCCUGGUUUGGAAGCCUUUAAACACUGGAUUUUCAUCCCCUUUUUCUUGAUGUACCUGGUGGCAAUCUCAGGCAAUUGUCUCAUUCUGAUGAUUAUUAAGACCAGCCCUCGUCUGCACACUCCCAUGUACUAUCUGCUCUCCUUGCUGGCGCUCACUGACCUGGGGCUGUCAGUGUCUACCUUGCCCACCACUGUGAGUAUUUUUUGGUUCAACUACCAUAGCAUUUAUUUUGAAGCCUGCCAAAUCCAGAUGUUCUGCAUCCACUCUUUUUCCUUCAUGGAGUCUGCAGUGCUCCUUGUCAUGUCCUUUGAUCGUUUUGUGGCCAUCUGCCAUCCCCUGAGGUACUCAGUCAUUAUCACUGCUGAGAGAGUGAUGAGGGCAGGCCUAUGCGUCAUCCUCAGGGGGCCUGUAGCCCUUAUCCCGAUUGUCCUCCUCCUGAAGGCUUUUCCCUACUGUGGACCUCUUGUCCUCUCCCACUCAUUUUGCCUACACCAGGAAGUGAUACACCUGGCAUGUGUAGACACCACCUUCAACAACCUAUAUGGACUGUCACUGGUGGUGUUUACCGUGAUGCUGGACCUGGUGCUCAUUGCACUGUCCUAUGGCUUCAUCCUGUACACUGUGGCAGGACUGGCUUCCCAAGAGGAGCAGAUCCGAGCCUUCCAAACAUGUACUUCACAUCUCUGUGCUGUGCUCGUGUUCUUUGUGCCCAUGACAGGGCUGUCCCUGGUUCACCGCUUUGGGAAACAUGCUCCACCUGCUGUGCAUCUUCUCAUGGCCAACAUCUACCUCUUUGUACCACCCAUGCUUAACCCAGUCAUAUAUAGUAUUAAGACCAAGGAGAUCCGAAGGGCAAUCAUAAAGCUCCUGGGCUUUAGAAAGGACAAUUCUGAGUCCUGGGGAGAAAUGCAUCACUGA